UCUGGCUGAAAAAAAAAAAAAAAACUUGUUUAGUGCCAGUCGACCUGACGCUGUGCCGCCCACCACUCAUAACAGGUCGUGCGCCACCCAGGCUCCGAGGCUCCCUCCCUCACCUGCACUGGUGCUACGGAGACGUGAUUAAUAGACAAUAAAUAUACAUAUGUGUGAGUGCAUCAUAGCGAGAAAAUAUUUAUGCAUGUAUUAGUGUGAGUGAACCAAAGGACAGUCUGAAUUCAUUGGAUAAAUAAAUUUACCCAGUGUGUCGUGAGCAGUGUUGUUGUCGAAACAUAACGUAAAAAAAAAAAAAGUCAGCACAGUGGAGGCUGCGUGUGAGCGUUACUGACCGCCCAGCAGUGGUGCCGUCUGUAAAAGUGACUCGAAAGUGGCUGACUUGUUUCUCGUGAAAACUGACAACUAUUGUUCCUUCAGAGAGUGAGGGAGUCCCUGGCUGGCCGACACCUGUGUGGGCCAGCUGACACUUGUGUGCUUGUGACUGAGAGCUCUGCUGGCUGCCAUGCUAGAUUGUCGCCUCACCUGACGCAGUGAGACCGUAAUGGCGUCUCGGUGGGGGAAAGUUGGGGUUGUGGUGCUGCUCACGGCAGCCCUUGUGAUGGUGGAGUCCUCCGGCCAUUGCCCCCCUCAGUGUGUGUGUCGGUGGAAAAAUGGCAAAGAAACAGUCGAAUGCAGGGACCAACAGCUGAUAAGUGUGCCUUCUGUAGUUGAUACAGACACACAAGUUUUGGAUCUGACUGGCAAUAAUCUUCAGACUUUGCCUAAAUAUGUCUUCAAAAGAGCAGGACUCAUUAACCUCCAAAAAAUAUACCUGGCUAACUGCAAUAUUGGCAAUAUUGAUAACACAGCUUUUGCACAGCUCACUAACUUAGUGGAGCUCGACCUGAGUGACAACCUGCUGACAGAGGUUCCUGCUCAGGCCUUCUCUCACGUUCCUGCCCUGAGGGACCUGCAGCUUGGGGGGAACAGACUACAGAAGAUCCGUAGUAACAGCUUCGACCACACUCCCUCUCUGGUACGUCUCGACCUCAGCUUCUCGCGUAUCAAAAGUGUGUCGCCCCGGGCCUUCGAUAAUCUUUCCCUUCUGGAAAAGAUUGAACUUCAGGGUAAUCAACUCACAGAGCUUCCUGUGGCCGCUGUGAGAACCUUGGAACGUGUUCAUGAGCUGGAUGUUCACGAAAAUAACUGGAUAUGUGACUGUCGAGCUUUGCCACUCUGGCGGCUGCUGGAGGUGAACAGAGUCCCCCACCCGGUGUCUCCGUCCUGCGGCAGUCCUGAGCGAAUCAAAGAGCGAGCUUUUCAUAAUCUGAAGGAAGAAGAUUUCGCCUGUCCUCCCCACAUCCGGCCCAAUGAUCGCAUCGUGCAGGGAUUUGCGGGGGAGAAUGCCACCAUCGCCUGUCCCGUGGACGGUCAGCCCCCUCCUCAGGUUAAGUGGUUCAAGGGAGAGGCCCCUGUGGUGAAUGGAUCCGUGAUAGGGCUGGGCCCUCAGCGCUUCUACGUCAUUACAGAGGGCAACAGUAAGGUGGUGAGUCGUCUGGUUAUCACCGGAGCGCAGGAGACAGACUCGGGCCCGCUGCGGUGUGUGGCGAUCAACUCUGCUGGGUCAGCGACUGCCAACUUCACCCUGGCGGUCACGAUGCGGGCGGCGACGCAGGCCAAACUAGGCUCAGGACACAUCGCCGGGAUAUCGGUGGGGCUGGUGGUGCUGGCCCUCAUUGCCCUGGUGGUGGGGUUUCUGAUCCUGGCUCGCUCCCGCACCCAUUCUUCCCCAACUCCCGUCAAGGACUCUCCCACCACGCCCUCUUCAGCUGAACCCUCUCCUAGUGAACCUAAUCCCGUACAGAAGCCUCCACGCCUCACGGACGUCAACGGGUCUCCUGCCACUUACAAAUCCUCAGCCUUGGGCAAUCCUGACGUGAUUAACGAGGCUGAGCGAGCCGUGAGGGCAGUGAAUGGCCAUCUUCCAAACGGCUCAGUUGUCCAGCAAGUGAGCGAGGGAGGAGAUUAUACUCGUGUAGAAGGAGACUCUUUGUAUCCUAGUGGACUGUGGCCCGAGGAAGCUGGUCCUCCCGAGGGUGCUGACAACCCAGCUCCUUCAAGGGUUAUUCAUGAACAUUUCAACCCCGGAUACAUGCCCAAUGACCCGGCCUACGAUACCUACGGGCCGCUGCACUCCACUCCGUAUCGACCUGGUUACGGUUCUCAUGGUGAAGUUGACCCUCAAAUCUAUGGCUACCCAGCAGACUACGGGCUUCCUAUUCCCGAGGCAGGGCACGACCCUCGGGCUGAAGAGUGGGACAUGAAUGACCUCCGUGGACCACAGGAGGGCAUCGAGUCCCAGGCAGACACUUACAACUCCAGACAACAACUGUAUGAGUCACAACAGGAGAUGUAUAACUCAGGACAGAACCCAAAGGACUCCGGCCAGGACCUUUACGGAGUGACGACGGGCCGGCCACCAGUCUACGGCUACAGGCAAGAGAUGUUUGGCUCCCGGGAGAACGUGGCCGAGGGUGCCGAGAGUCCACAAUCUCCCAUUCAGCCUCUCGGGGAGCGGCCGUGGGUGCCGGGGUCCCAGGCGCCGCCCCACGCUCGCGGGGGUGUGCCUGUCCUCCCUCCUCUACCAAAUGGUGUGGCCAGUCGCAUCAAAGCUCGUGACUCUCCCGACGAAGGAUACCAGGAGGGGACGGAAGUGUAGCGGGAUUGCAGGGCCCGUCAGAGCGGCGGUCCCUGCUUAACCCCGCCCAAGUCCCCACGCACCUCUAGCUCGUCUGCCCCUGUCUCCUCCCGCCCGUCUUCUCCCCACAACUCUCAGCCCUCAUCUCAGAGUCCUCAUAGUGACCGACGCCGUGACCUGAUCCGUGACGUGGAGUGCAGUCACUCUGGCACUGAGGGUUGAGGCACAGCUCGAGUGACAUGAGUGCCAGUCAUGGAGUCGCCCAGGACAGCGGCAGCGUGACGCGCGCCAAAGAGAAGAAAGAGACUUACGCUGCUCCGUGUCGCAUCGAGGUGGGACAGACAUUACUGUCUCCAGACGGCGACUAGCAAGGAGCCACCAGGCGUCUGAGUGUAAGUUGGAGAAACUAUUUGGCGAAGGAGCAGUGGUGGUGAUGUACAGAGCCGAGCCACGUUGUAUAUAUAGUGUAUACAAGGUACUACUUAGUAAUUGUUAAACUGAAAAAAGAGUGACCCGAAACCAAAGUUUAAAUCUGCCGCGUCCCUCUGAGUCUCAGGUGGUCGAGGCCCACUGGUCACCAGAUCGUGUGUGUGUGUGUGUGUAUGUGUGGGCGCAGCUGCUUAGUCUCGACCGGGGCAGCUGCCCGGCACUAGCUGACACUAAACUUCAACAAAUAAUGUAUCUAUCGUGCGUAAAAUGACGUUGUACUUGGUGUUGAUUGUUUUUCGAUGCUAUAAAUAUAUCUACUAUCUCGAGAAGCAGUACAGAGGAUGACCCUCGGGGCGACAGGCGGCGUCUCCCACACCGCCAAUAACAUGUUACUUUAAUAAUUAAGACCAAUAACAAUACUCGCUUUAUUAUUUCUUUUUAAAGUCCCCACCGAACACACUUUUUUUUUUUUUUUUUUUUUUUUACAUCCUUAAAGUCGGUGUGAAGCCCAGAAGGCCCCCUCCCCCUCCCCCUCGAGACCCUGACCCCGCCGACCGCCCGUGGUGGGAGGGGGACGCAGCCGCCUCCAGGGACUCACCCGAGGACAUAUACGAGUUUGCGUGGAGUAUUUUCGUGUGUAGUAAAGUUAAUGUCAUGGCGGAGCCGCCUGUCAGGCCGUGGACGGGCAACCGGGGACGACUGACUCGCACACCCCGCCAGCCCGCCCCGACGACCCACCCGGAACUGCCCGGAACUGCCAGCUCGUGGGCGUGAGGUGCUGGCUGAGAACCACCAGGCUGGACUGUGUCAAUGGCAUCACAGUAUCAUGUGUCUAGCCUGACUUGUGAUAAUAGAGGGCGUGAAGGUUGAAGUGAUGACUAGUCUGUCUAAUGAAAUAUCACUGCUUGAGUUAAUUUUAUUUGCUGACACCGGAAGCGGACGCAGACUGUCUCCCAGCCCAGUUUUCUUACUCAACAGCACUGGUAAUUAAUAAUGCAAGUGUUGCUCAGCUACCAAAUAAUAUUUCAGUAUGGCUAAAUUUAGCAAAUCGCUAGGUAACACUGGCUUCAGCAUUCUUCUCGCAGGUCAACACAAGUGAAGAGUCUUUUAUUUUCAUCACCUUUGGUUCUAACGCGGGCUCUAGCCGAUGCCACUGACACACAACUACCUUUGUGUUGACGACUUGCGUAGCAUCCAACCCUGCCUGUCCGAGGCUCCGAGCCUCACUCAGUCAGCGGGUACUCGCCUGGCCGGUCGGGUCGUCGCGGGUGAGGCUGGCAGAACACGACGUGCCAAAUACACCACCACGAGUCCCCGGUGGCUCGCAGCCGACAUCCAGGCUUACGCAUUCACUAGACCCAAAGUUAUGUAGAGCUUUAACAGCCCGGCCACAGGUUAUCCAGUUCGCUCAGGUGAGAAGGAAGAGGUAAAGAGACCCACCUUGUGAUUAGCUCACGGCUUGAGUGCCCUGAGUGGCUGCUGCUGCCGAAUAAUUGCCUGUUUUGCUUCUCGCUAGUCUGACACGGAAGCAAGACCAUUUGUUUGUUUUUCUCUCAGAUUGCCUCCGGCUCGCCCUCAUAACUACCUGAAAUCAGAAUGAGAAACACAGUAAAUUGCUGCAUAAUGAAGCUACUAUAUUGCUGCACUUUAUUUGAAUAGCGCUGACAGCUGCUGCUUGAUGAAAUGUCCAUAAUCACGAGGGGAAAAAUCAUAAAACUUAGUGAAGAAACACUUUGCUGGGGCGUAAUAAGUUUUACUAUGAACAUGAAUACCUGGGGAAGCUUGAUUGGUGGUGGUGCAGGAGGGGAGAGACUUUCGAGGCACAAAAAGUAACUCCACAACGACGCUGCUCUUCAGUAUAUCAAGCGAAGAAAUUGAUAUCAGAGCAGUGCACUCAUUAAUAAAAAAGGAAUGUUCUCUGCAGUUUCACCUUCAGUAACUGCUUUUGCUUCCCAGUGACGCCGCUAGCAGACUUGUACGGGCUCUUUAACAUGCACCCUUUGGCGAAACUCACUUGGAGCCCACCAACACGAGGCAACGAGAGUCAAUACCUGAGAAAGUUUAGAGUCACUACCACCACCACCACCACCACCACGGCUAUGAUGACUCUCAGAGGGAAUCAUACUGCCAAGGUCAUCCCGGAGAGUCCCCUCAACACUGAAAAUGACUGUAAUUUGUUCGAGUGAGGUGUCAUGAAUGCUCCUUCAGCCAAAUGUUGAAGCCUUGAUGGUCUUUUAUUGGAAGGCUGGCGCUGGAGGUGACGGUGGUGGUGGUGGUGGUAAUGGUGUGUGUGUGUGUGUGUGUGUGUGUGUGUGUGUGUGUGUGUGUGUGUGUG